AUGACUUUUAGUCACUUUCAAACUAUAUUAAAAAUCGUUUAUUAUAACAAUGAACAGGAGCAUGAGACUGCUUUUGACGUCGGUAGGAGGCUGGCCGUCGAUGAAGAUAUGCUGCUACUGUUGCUCUAUGACAAGAAGAAAAAAUUUGCCAUAAACAUGAGACCACUGCAGAAGCUGACAAGUUCAUCAACUCCUGCUACCACAAGCAAAACACACAACAACAAUAACAUUAACAAAAACCACCACAACAACAACAAUAAUAAUAAUAAUACUUCCAACAGUACCAAUACUAACAACACUACCAAAAGCGUUAACACAGCCAGUGAUGGCUCUAGAAACGAUAAGAAUAGUAGUAAGCAUGUUAGCAGUUUGAAAGCGAGCUUAAGUAUCAAAUCUUCUGUUUCUUCUUCUAAAGAGAAUAAUAAAAAUAACAUCAAUAACAAUAAUGACAACAGUAAUAACAGCAAAAGUUAUAGUAACAAUGAGUUAGAAAGCAAUAAGCCUACUAGCAAUAGAUACGAUUACAACAUCUAUGAUAACUGCAUUGGCAGUGACAAGAUGUUCUGUAGCAACAAUGAUAAAAGCGUUAGAAGGAGUGUUUAUCAUAAAAAUCUCUUUGGCAACAAUGGCGCAAACAGCAGCAACAAUACUAAUGUAAUGAACCCCAUAGAAGUAGUGGUCGAGAUGCAUAAUGAUGUGUACGGUAAUAAGAUUAUUAAAAACAACAACAGUUGCAAGAAAUACAAUGCUGACAACGACAACGAUGGCGUUGAUGACGAUGUCGGAGCAACAGUGCAUGGCACUCACAACAAUAUUAUGAGUAGUAAUAAGAAUUUAAAUGAAGGAGAAGCAAAAUGGCCAAGUCCGUCAGCAGUUCUCAAUCGUUUUCAGCACGACUUGCAACUAAGAAAUACCCUCUCAAAACAGAAACAACUACAACAGCAUUUGAUAUUACAACAACAGCAACAACAUCUACUACCUCUACUGUUACAACAGCAACAACAACUGCUGUUACUACAGCAGCAGCAACAACAACAUCCACUCCUACAACAUCAACAUUACAAGCAACUACCUACAACAUUUAACGAUAUUGACGACAAUUACAAUAAUAUCAAUAGCAACUUCGAGAGCCAUGAUGUUGGUGGUAACUUGAAUGUCAUUGGUCUGUUGAAUGAUUAUGCACCAAAAACUGGAACAGUAAAAUAUAAAGAUUUAGCUGGAAAUAUGAAAAAAUUGUUUAAGGGUGCUGGAAGUGAUGACGAAAGUGAUGAUGGCAUUGAUGAGGACGGCUUCAAAGCUAAACAUCUGCCUAGGUCACAAUCUUUGAAGAGGAGGAUGAUGAAGAAGAAGAUGAAAGGAGUUGUGCGGCCCAGAUCUCAAUUCAUUCCCACUGCAACAGAUUACACUAGGUUGGAAGUUCCAGUCAAGUCUACAUAUAGAGAAGCCGGGAUUUCCCAGAAAAUGAGAAAUAUGAAUUUAUAUGAAAGAAAUGUAAAUUUGAACGAAAGUUUCAGAAACCAGCACAUCACUGCGGGGCCUGUGUUAGAUUUUUAUGACAUACCAAGGUUGCAACAUCAUCGUGAUGAAACGAAUUUUACAAAUGAGGUUGUAGCAAGCAGUAUGAGCAGAGAUGUUUAUGGAUUAGUGGAUGGAGAGAGUGAUAAAAAAGAGUGCGCAAGAAUAAAAAUUCUCGAGCAAAAAAACUUGGACUCAAACAAUUAUAAGGCCAGUCUAGAUGAUAACAAUCAAAUAAAACAUGGAAACACCAAAAAGAUUCGAAAUAGCAAGAACGAUACUAACGACCACAAACAGUUGAGAACAUUCUUGUCUGAUGAGUCAAUAUCAACAAUAGUUGGAUCGAGUAGUAACAGGAAAAAAAUAGCAAAUAGAAGAUCCGUCUACGAUUUCUGGGGACCAAGAAGGCAGAGCACGUUUAAACAUGGACUUAAUAACAAUCACGUCUACUGUGGCAAUGAAAAAAGCUAUGAUUCGAAAAUUCGUGAAAAUGACGAUGACAACAAUAACGUUAACGACAAUAAUGAUGAUAAAAAUAAUGAUAACACUAACAAUAAGAGAAGUACACGCGUUAACACCAUCAGUCAAUUGAAAUCUAGUCCUUCAAAAAAAUGGUCGAGCGGUAAUGAUGGUAGUCGUGACAGUGAUGGAAGCGGCGAUGAUGGUAAUGAUAAUGAUGAUAGUAAUGUCCUCAAUAAUGACGGAAAUGAUGAGAAAGCCGAUGAUGUUGGUGCUAUAAAUUGUAAUAAUAAUAAUAAUGGCCUCGAUGAUGAUGACGACCAUGAUACAAAUAGUGGUAGCAAAUGUCACAGUAAAAAGUUAAAUAACACGAUUUUUAGCAGUAAUAGUAAUAAAAGUAUCAAACUCACUGAUGCCAGUACCAAUAUUUACAAUAAUAAAAGCAGAAUAAAUGAUAGUAAGAGUAAUGAUAAUAGUCAUAGCAGUAUUGGCAAAUCAACGUCUGUUUAA